GAGGUUUGUCAAGUGGUAAAUGAAGGAAGCCACCUGCGAAGUGUAAACUUACAUUAAGGCGGCAGCGUCUUACCCUCUCAUAGAAAGAUAAAAAUAUACACGGAAUAAAAACCUAUACAGGGGAGACACAGACCGGACACGGAGUCUAAAAAUAUUCUACUCUACCUCUGGAUUCUUCCUCUUAUUUUUUAAUGUUUUAAAGUGCAACCCCCGUUGCUUAUAUGUGUUGCAUUUCUUGUGCUACUAGGAAUCAUCGUCCUAAGUGUUGUUAAUAUCUUCAUAUUUAUUUAAUGCUUUUGCACCAGUUCGUGAACGGGUCUCUGGAAGCUAUGCAUCCAACAAUUCAAAAGGACACUACUUUUACAAAGAUCUUCGUGGGCGGCUUACCGUAUCACACCAACGACGCGUCUCUGAGAAAAUACUUCGAGGUGUUUGGGGACAUUGAAGAAGCUGUGGUCAUAACGGACAGGCAGACGGGGAAAUCGCGGGGUUACGGCUUUGUGACAAUGACGGAGCGGGGAGCCGCCGAGCGAGCCUGCAAAGACCCCAACCCCAUCAUCGAUGGCCGAAAGGCUAAUGUCAACCUGGCCUACCUGGGGGCCAAGCCUCGCAGCCUGCAGGCAGGUUUUACCAUCGGUGUUCAGCAGAUCCACCCAUCUCUAAUCCAGCGACAGUAUGGGCUGACCCAACAAUAUGUGUACCCCCAGGCCUUCGUUCAGCCGGGGCUGGUGAUCCCUACCCAGGUGUCUUCUGUAGGUUCGCCCUACCUGGACUACAGCGCCGCCUACACCCAGUACGCCUCGGCUGCCUUCGAGCAGUAUCCCUACGCCGCCUCGCCCAGCUUCCUGGGGUACGGGUAUCCCCCCACCCCAGCCUCGACCCCCGCCGCAGUCCAGCAGCCCCUCUCCACGGCAGCUGCCCCCUCUGCCGCCUUCAUCCAGUACCCCCCCCAGCAGGUGCACCCCGACCGCAUGCAGUGAGAUGCUGUGGGGGGGGUUUAAGAUGGGGGGGGGCCGUGCACUGCUGGGCCUGGGGGGGGGAGGGGGGGACUGGUGACUCAGUCAAUUGCACUAUGACAUGAUGCAACACCACACACCAGGAUGAAGUUCUGUGACUGAAGGACACGAUCGCAUCAAGGGCUUCCACAAACACAUUUUGGACAUUGAUUGCCACUAUCCUUGUCGUUUCUGUUUUUGCAAACAAUGGAAACCUGACCCGUGUCUGUUGCCAAACGCGGUCCUGAUCUGAGCGACGAGCGUCCCGAGUUGCUGAUGAUUUGGCAAAAGAGGAGAACCUGCAGCCUGCUUUCACCGCGCCGGGGGGAGGGAGGGGUGAUGGUCCGGCUCAGGACCAGCUAGACUGGGCUGUACAGGCCGCUCCAGCGCGGGCGGGUGAAGAGACCCCCGUCCGCCGAGGAGGGAGCUCGCGUGCGCCCGCGGAGGGGUCGAGCGUUUCGGUGUCAUCAAGGCGCCGCUGCGUGGCUCGCGCCCUCGGAGAGAGCCGUUCAGUCAGGCCGUGAAUUUACAAGUUUACCGUCUCCUAAAAGGGACAGCAGACUGCUUUCAUUCAGUCUGAGAGGUACGAGGUGAGACUUCAAUCUUUUUGAAAUUAUAAUUGUCCAAAAAAAAAAAGGCAGGAAUACUUUUUUAUGAGGCCUUAAGACUGCUAUACUAAUGCUCUUUUCCCACUGUGAAUAUCAUAGGCCAUUUUUUUAAAGAACGAAACCUUUAAAAUAGAUUUUUUUUUCUGUCUUUAACGCUCAUGUUCACUUGUUCUUAUUAAAUUAUUCUAGAUCCAGUUAGGGUAACUGAUUUCAAUAUGCAAUGGUAACAGGGGGGAGGGGGGUAAGGGUUAAUAUUUAUAAGGUAGUUGACACUGUAAAACCUAUGUAUUUUAUAUAUAACUGUUAAAUCUAAGGUCAUGUCAAAUUAUGCUUUUAAAAAUCAUGCCUGUGUCCACUUUUUUUAAAAGAAGAUUGCUGCAUCUUUAAGAUAAAUCUACAGUAUUUAUGUUGAAAUAUUUAAAAUUUACAGGCUCGUUCUGGAUUAUUUGCUUCUGUUGGUUCACAGGUUAAAACUUUUGAAACAUGAACAAUGAGCUUUUUGCAGACUGUUAAAGAACAGCGUAUAGUUAACGGGACAAGUUUCAGAAGGAAUGAUAUUCGUUUUUGUUCCAUAACCGCAAUUUGCCGACACGGAGGUUUUGGAGCAUUUUCAGUACCAUGUUAUUUAUGUACAAUGAAGCCAUACAAAUAAAAAUAAAUUGUAAAUAUUGGAAAAUACA